AUGGAGAACCUAAUAGCAUUGGUCAACAGGUUACAAAGAGCGUGUACGGCGCUUGGCGAUCACGGCGAAGAGAGCUCUUUACCCACUCUCUGGGACGCCUUGCCUUCCAUCGCCGUGGUCGGUGGCCAGAGCUCCGGGAAAUCUUCAGUGCUUGAGAGCAUUGUUGGAAAGGACUUUUUACCUCGUGGAUCUGGGAUUGUUACUCGACGUCCUCUCGUCCUACAACUUCAUAGGAUUGACGAAGGAAAAGAAUAUGCGGAGUUUGCUCAUGCCCCAAGAAAGAGGUUCACCGAUUUUGCUGCUGUUAGGAAGGAGAUUGCUGAUGAAACUGAUCGAGAGACUGGCCGUUCCAAACAAAUUUCAAGUGUUCCAAUCUACCUCAGUAUAUAUUCUCCUAAUGUUGUGAACUUGACACUGGUUGAUCUUCCUGGACUUACAAAAGUAGCUGUUGAGGGUCAGUCUGACAGCAUUGUGAUGGACAUUGAAAAUAUGGUUCGGUCCUAUAUCGAGAAGCCAAACUGUAUAAUUCUUGCAAUUUCUCCUGCCAACCAAGAUCUUGCUACAUCUGAUGCCAUCAAGAUUUCUCGUGAAGUGGACCCCAAAGGUGAGAGGACGUUUGGAGUUUUGACAAAGAUUGAUCUUAUGGACAAGGGUACUGAUGCUGUCGAUAUGUUGGAAGGACGAUCAUAUAAGCUACAGUUUCCAUGGAUUGGUGUUGUAAAUCGUUCUCAGGCUGAUAUUAACAAAAACACCGACAUGAUUGCUGCUCGGCGUCGAGAACGAGAGUAUUUUGCUAACACCCCAGAGUACAGGCAUCUUGCUCACAGGAUGGGUUCUGAGCAUCUAGGGAAAGUCCUAUCCAAACAUCUGGAGACAGUGAUCAAGUCUCGAAUCCCAGGCCUUCAGUCACUUAUUAACAAAACUAUCAUUGAGAUAGAGACCGAGUUGAGCAGGCUUGGGAAGCCUAUUGCAACUGAUGCUGGAGGAAAAUUGUACAUGAUAAUGGAAAUUUGCCGUGCUUUUGAUGGAAACUUCAAAGAACAUCUUGAUGGCGUUCGACCAGGAGGUGAUAAAAUAUACAAUGUCUUUGAUAAUCAACUUCCUGCCGCAUUGAAAAGGUUGCAGUUUGACAAGCAACUAGCAAUGGACAAUGUACGAAAGCUAAUUACUGAGGCUGAUGGGUAUCAACCUCAUCUGAUAGCUCCUGAACAAGGAUAUCGCCGUCUCAUCGAGUCUUCCUUAGUUACUAUUAAAGGUCCUGCUGAGGCAGCUGUUGACACGGUUCAUGCUAUAUUGAAGGAACUGGUUCACAAGGCAAUUAGUGAGACUGUGGAGCUAAAGCAGUAUCCCUCUCUUAGAGUGGAGGUUGGGAAUGCAGCCAUUGAAUCAUUGGACAGAAUGAGGGAUGAAAGCAAGAAAGCAACUCUGCAGCUAGUAGAAAUGGAGUAUAGUUACCUGACAGUUGAUUUCUUCCGGAAACUUCCUCAAGAUAUUGAGAAGGGUGGGAAUCCUACACAUUCCAUUUUUGAUAGAUAUAAUGAUUCCUAUCUUCGGCGAAUUGGGUCAAAUGUCUUAUCUUAUGUCAAUAUGGUUUGCGGGAGUCUAAGGAACUCCAUUCCAAAGUCCAUUGUUUACUGUCAAGUGCGCGAGGCCAAGCGUAGCCUACUUGAUCAUUUCUUCACCGAGUUAGGUGCCAAAGAGGGGAGACAUUUGGGUACAUUGCUGGAUGAGGAUCCAGCAGUAAUGCAGCGGCGUGUUUCUCUUGGGAAGCGGCUGGAAUUAUAUAGAGCUGCCCAAGCAGAGAUCGAUUCAGUUGCCUGGUCGAAGUAG